GCAGGGGGCGGUAGCGCCCCACAUUGAACACUCUGUGUGGCUCAGCCUCACGUCCGUGUUUACAAGUGAAGCGUGACGUUCAGGGACUCUUCAGAAUACGUCUCAUAGCGCAAGGGAGAGCUAUUAAUUCAGUGUGGAAAUGUCCAAAAUGUAUUCCCUGAAAGUUUUUCUCAACGAGAGAUUGACAGCGGUGGCGGAGGAGAUAUUUGGAGCUGUUGAAAAGACAAUAGCCGAGUACAAAGCGGAGAUUUCUCGUUCAAAAGAUUUAGAAAUCAGUCGCCUCAGAAUGCAAGUGAAGCUCCUAAAGUCAGAGGCCCGAUUGGACAGAAGCCUUGGAGCCCAGCUGCAGCAGCACACCCACCACCAUCACCACCCUCCUCUUCCUCCUCCUCCUCUUCCUCCUCAGCAGCAGCAGCAGCACCGUCAGUCAUUCCCUGCAGUGGAGGCUCCUGAGUCCCAGCACUGUGAAGAUGAGGAUGGGGCCAGCAGCAGCAUGGAGCAGGAGCAUCCAGAGCCCUCACAGGUGAAGAAGGAGCAGCAGAAGAGCCACAGGGACUUCUGGAUGGAUCACGACACAGAGCAACUCGAGAGCCUGGAGUCAGACAUCAAGGACUUCAUCUCGUCCCCCUCCGGUUUGAGAAGCAGCCUGCAGGACCCCACCUUGUCCUUCCACCCUAACCACAAUAACAACAACAACAACGGCGAGGAGAGCAAAGACAAGCCCUACUGCUGCUCGGUUUGUGAAAAGCGCUUCAGUAACUGCUCCCACCUCGCAGCUCAUAUCAGGACACACACAGGAGAAAGGCCGUACAGAUGUGAAAUAUGCAGAAAGACUUUCAUCACAACAAGCGCCCUGAACAGACACCAGACGAUCCACACUGAAGGGAAACACUUCAUAUGUAAUUACUGUGGCAAAUCCUUCAAAUGGAUGGAGUCUCUUGGCAGACACAUGAGGUGUGUGCACAAGAGAGAGAACAUGUCUGUAUGACUCCCACUGAAAUGUCCGAUAGAUUAAUGUUGUUACUGUAUGUUUGUCAAGUAUAAAACACCCAGUAGAUGCCAAAAAAGUGUAAUAUAAUGUCUGUUUUUUAUGUUUAGUCAAAUUGGUAAUUGUGCAUGGACCUCAUCAAGCCUUGUGAACUAGCUGCAGUAAACGAUGUGAAUGCCUUUUAUAAAGACGUUAUGGUAAGUGUAUUUUUUACAGAAUAAAAUGUUAAUUCU